GCCCGAGUAACCGAUCGGAAGUUGAAAGUCCACAGCAGUUAAUUUUCAUCCCUUUAUUUUUGCUCUGUUGGUGCUAACACUCGCUGGUGGUUAAAGCGGAAUGGAUACCGACUUGAUUUUCUCCUCUCGUCGGUCACCUGUGGUGUGUUUACACGGCUGUGUGGCGUCCAGCCAGCCGCUAGCUACCAACAUAGGACUCGACAUCUUGAAGCGUGGUGGUAAUGCAGCAGAUGCUGCGGUUGCCAUAGCAGCAGCACUUGCGGUAACAGAGCCGUUCAGCACUGGUCCUGGUGGAGACGCCUUCUGCUUGUUUUACAACGGAAACACUGAAGAGAUCAGAGGAAUUAACGGCAGUGGUCGUUCGGCCAGAGCUCAGACCCUGGACUUCCUGGAAGGAUGUGGGUACACUGCAGAGGCCCCUCCUUUACCUUCUGAUGCCUUGAAUGUCACAGUACCAGGGGCCCCUGCAUGCUGGUGUGAUACCAUACAGCUGUUUGGUAGUCACAAGCUGUCCCUGCAGGAGGUGCUGAGCGGGCCAACAGAGCUCGCAGAGGUGGGGUUUCCUGUUGCCGAGGUAACAGCUCACCACUGGGCGAAAGGGGUGGCUGCUCUGAGAGAUGCUGGGAAGGAACUAGGUGGAGACCUGCUCAUUGAUGGUCAUACGCCCAAAUGUGGACAAGUGUUCAGAAACCCUAACCUGGCCCAGACCUUGAAGGAGCUCGGUGAGUGUGGCAAACCAGCUUUCUACCAGGGCAGAGUGGCCAAAGCCAUCGUUGACAUCAUCAACCAAAACGGAGGAGUCAUGACCCUGGAUGACCUCAGCAGGCAUGACAGUGAGGUCAUCUCCCCCAUAAGCACAGAGUACAAGGGUGUGCGUCUGUGGGAGCCUCCUCCUAACAGUCAGGGAUUGACUGCCCUGCUGCUUCUCAACAUCCUGGAGAACUUCCCUCUCAAAGCUGCAGGCCAUAACAGCUCGGACUACAUCCACACACUGGUGGAGGCUGUGCGCUUGGCAGUAGCAGAUGCUCUGCGUUACCUGGGCGACCCAGACCAUGUGACCAUCCCUCUGGAAACCUUACUGGACAAGAGCUACAGCCACCAGCGAGCGCAACGCAUCAGCAUGGGCAGGACCAUGAAAGAAGUGGAGCCUGGCCCAACGACAGGAAGUGACACUGUCUAUUUCUGUGUGAUUGACAGUGAGGGCAAUGCCUGUUCAUUUGUCAACAGCAACUAUAUGAGUUUUGGAAGUGGGCUGGUCCCUAAGGAUUGUGGAUUCUCACUACAGAAUCGUGGUGCCUGCUUCUCUCUGCAUCGUGAUCACGUUAACUGUGUUGCAGGGGGGAAGCGACCAUAUCACACCAUAAUACCUGCACUUCUCACUGUCUCUGCAACCAAAUCACAAAAACCACGACUCCUCGCUGCACUGGGGGUGAUGGGGGGUUUUAUGCAACCGCAAGGACAUGUCCAGGUGUUGUUAAACAUGUUGGAGUUUGGGAUGAAUCCUCAACAAGCUCUGGAUGCACCAAGAGUCUAUGUACACUAUGACCCUAAAACUCAUCAGUGGUUGGUCAAUCUGGAGGAGGGGAUCGACCAGGAGGUAGCAGAGGAGCUGAGAAGACGGGGCCACAAAGUCAGCUGGCCAAUCACAGGCCACCAGAGGGCUCAGUUUGGGCGGGGACAGAUCAUCACAGUGGGGGACUGGUGGAACCCAUCUGUCAAUCAAGCUGAUCAUCCAUCCAGGGUGCUGUGGGCGGGAUCCGACCCAAGAGCGGAUGGAUGUGCUCAGGGAUACUAGACCUAC